GGGCCUUUUGUGCAGGUGGAUGAACUGAUGGAGAGCUUCAGGAGAUGUACACUACAGAGACUGUAGAUGCAGCAGUAGAGUUGAUAACGGGCAGGCAGCCUGAUGCCGGCGGAGAAGGGAACGGCUCAUGGAGAACCAUGCCAUGACCAAGUCACUGAAAAGAGACCCAACGCAGACUCUGAUGAAGAGGAGGACAAGGGCGCUGUGGCCCCACCCGUUCACGACAUCUACCGCGCUCGCCAGCAGAAGAGGAUUCGGUGAACACACACUCACUCAGACACACGCACACUUGGGAUGGACUCUGUACAGGAAUGUAACCCAUUACGUCAAACCUUUUAGGGCAAACAGACUGGUCUGAAGUUUGUCUGGAAGAUCCUUUAUAUCCAACCGUCGURGGUCCCUCUACACACACCUGUGUUUGUUUUUUUGUUCUUGGUGUUUUUUUAACAGUUUUAUUUUUUAAAGCUGGGUGACUAAUACUGUACAAAGUUUUUAAUUCAACCCUUAAUUUGACACUCAGCUGUUUGGCCUUGUGAAUCUCUGGUGAUGGACAAAUGGAAUCGACCUGUUUUUCUAGUCAAAUUGAGAGAACACAUUUCCUUCCAAUAAAAAGGGGAGAAAAGAACCCAAACAAAACUG